CGUAGUUGUUGAAGCGUGCGUAAGGUUCAUUUGCUAAAAAAUCACGUUUGUUGUAAGUUGUUUCCUCUAGAAUUCAUUUUAAAAUGAGUGGAACUAAAAACCCUUGUAACAAUAACAAGCCGAGUCUACCGAAGCCGUACAUCAAAACUUGCUGCUUUUGUUUUCCUAUACGAAAAGGAUGCUUUAUUUUGGGCUACUUGAAUUUGGUUAACACAUUACUAAGUCUGGUAUAUAUUACCUAUUACACAAUUAUGGUUAGCGAAGCAACUCAUGGCUUUGAUCACUUCGAUGUGCCCUUUGGUAUUGAUGUUAAACUUAAUCCAGAGUAUUCUGAAGAACGUAUGCAAGACCAGUUAACGAAAGCCGAGAUAAUUCUCGCCGUUGGUUUAUCGAUGUGCGUAGUCUGGGCUAUUGUAAAUAUCAUCUGCUUGGUUGGACUUCAUAUGAACCGCGUCGGCCUCAUUCGAGUCUACCUCGUAUUUGCUUUUAUAAGGAUGAUAUUAAUUAUGCUUAGAAUUACCUACCUCACUUCAUCAGAGCUGUCCAUAUUUGUCGUCGAAAUAUUUAAUUUUGUUUUAACAGCGUAUUUUACCCUGAUCUACUACUCGUAUGUCAAGCAGUUGGAGUACAAGGAGCUGUUAAAAAUUUAUAUUGUCGACGCUCGGAAUAUGCAGAACACUGUACCCCAAUACUAUCCGACAAUAAUUGAGGAAAAGACUGUUGUUGAAAAAUUUUAGGAUUAAGUAAAGUUUAAAUAUUAAUGUUAAGCCUGUAAUAUAUCCCACACUUCAUUUAUUUGUAUCUGUGGUUGAUCCCCGUCCAAUCCCCUCCGAUCGAUCCCCCAUCGACUUCAAACGGCGAUCGAAAAUACGACGGCAUGAGCCGAUGUUCGAACCCCUAGCGGUGCUCUCAGACUAAAGUCGUAUCAGUCACUCGGGAGUUAGCCUUCAGCCGCUCCAUAAGUCCUUUCUUUGGUUUGCCCCUAUUGUCCGGUGAAGUUGUAAAGGCCAGCUGCGGCCAACAGCAUUAGAGUAGUCCGAAAACAAACUUUUUAUAAUGUAUAAACUCAAAAAUCGUCUUUAAUGGUUUGUCAUUAAAAUCUAAUUUCAAUAAUUUGAAUUUUUGUCUUAAUAUAACCUGUAGUUUAACCUGUUCUUGUUGAAAAAUAUUAAACUUAAGUAUAUUUUAAAAUAUUAAUGUUAAGUUUGUAAUGUAAAAUUAAAGCGCCACAAUGUUUUGAGGUUAUGGUGACGGUUAAAAAAAUUCCAUCAUAUCUCAUGUUUAAUACUAAACUGCAUUAAGUACAAAAUUAUCCAUUAUGAAAAUUC